UCAUUGGAGACCCACUACGCAUCAUGAACUCUUGGAACGAUUCUCUCCAUUUCUGUACGUGGACCGGAGUGACAUGCAACCCUGCAACCCAAAGAGUUACUGUUCUCAACUUAGAAUCUAAAAGGUGAAAUACCAAGCACACUUGGCAGUUGUGUUAGCUUGGUACGCCUAUACAUGGCUGGUAACUCCUUCCAAGGAUCUUUUCCACUCUCCUUUGAGGCUUUAAGAGCACUAGACGAAGUGGAUCUUUCACGCAAUAAGCUUUCUAGGAUGAUACCACAAUAUCUAGGGCAUUUCUUAUUCUUGAAGAAACUCAAUCUCUCUUUCAAUGAUUUCGAAGGCGAUGUACCAAAUCUAGGUCUCUUUGCAAAUGCAAGUGCAAUUUCAGUAGUUGGAAACAAGGGUCUCUGUGGUGGUAUGCCAAAACUACAAUUGCCCAGAUGCUCCAAAAAAGGCCCUCAUAGAGGAGGGAAGGAUUCUGCAUCAAGUAUAAGAAUCAUACUUCCUAUUGUGAUUUUGACGAUUGUUGUCAUUUCAUGUCUCGUUACUAUCUUCUUUUGGACGAGACGCCCACGGAAGAGAGCUUUAGCAGCAUCUUCUUCUAAUGAUUGGCAAUUGCGUAUCUCUUACUCGGAGCUAUUUAGAUCAACUAAUGGAUUCUCAGAGGAUAAUUUGGUUGGUCUUGGUAGCUUUGGUUCUGUGUAUAAAGCAGUUCUACAAGCAAGUGAAACAGUAGUUGCUGUGAAGGUAUUGAACCUUCAGCAACGAGGAGCUUCUAAAAGUUUUGCAGCUGAAUGCGAGACCUUGAAAAACAUUCGGCAUCGAAAUCUUCUCAAGAUAUUGACAGUCUGCUCAAGUAUUGAUUUUGAAAGGAAGGAAUUCAAUGCUCUAGUUUACGAGUUCAUGCCCAAUGGAAAUCUCGACGAAUGGUUGCAUCCAAGAAUUGGUCAAAUGAAGCCUCUAAACCUUAUUCAGAGGUUAAACAUAGCCUUCUAUGUAGCUGCUGCCUUGGAAUAUCUUCAUUUUGAUUGUGAAACACCAAUCAUUCAUUGUGAUCUGAAGCCAAGCAAUGUGCUUCUUGACAAAGAUAUGACUGCUCAUGUUGGUGCCUUUGGACUUGCACAAUUUCUUUCCGAAAGAUCCAUUACUUCUUCCAACAGUCAAAGCAUAUCAAUUCAGUUAAAAGGAUCUAUUGGGUACGUUCCUCCAGAGUACGGUAUGGGAGCCCAAGUGUCGAUACUUGGUGAUACAUUCAGCUAUGGGAUCCUAUUACUAGAGAUGUUUACAGGCAAAAGUCCCACUAAUGACAUGUUUAAAGAUGGUCGAAGUCUCCAUGAAUUUGCUACAGCAGCGUGGCCUGAACGAGUGAUGGAGAUUGCAGAUCCUCUAAUGUUCUUGGAAGAAGAGGAGGUCAGAAAUGAAAUACAGGUAUCACCAAUAAUCCCUCAAGGGAGUAGAAGUGGCAAUGCUGAAGAAAAAAUCAAAGAAAGCUUGGUUCCAAUAAUUCAUAUCGGUCUCUCUUGUUCUGAUCUGUUACCAAGAAAUCGGAUAACAAUGAUGGAUGUUGGAAACAAAUUGCACGCUGUUAGAGAUUCAAUUCUUCGAAAAUCAAAAUAG